UAUCAAAACAUUAUAAAAGCUCUUUAGCUCCAAAGACUACAAGUGCCACAAAACAUGAAAGACACGGGAGCUAAAAACCGUACAGGCGAUGUUAGUGUUGGAGAACAUUUUGAUAUCGAAGUCCCUGACACUGCUCAUCAGAUUAGCAGCGAUUCAUGGUUUCAAGUGGCGUUUGUUCUGACAACUGGUAUAAACAACGCCUAUGUGUUGGGAUAUUCAGGAACAGUAAUGGUUCCUUUAGGUUGGGUUGGUGGUGUGGUUGGUCUUGUUCUUGCAACUGCAAUCUCUCUCUAUGCAAACGCUCUCGUAGCCAAGCUUCAUGAGUUUGGUGGCAAGAGACAUAUUCGUUACAGAGACCUCGCUGGAUUCAUUUACGGUAGAAAGGCUUAUUGUCUUACAUGGGGAUUGCAAUAUGUCAAUCUUUUCAUGAUUAACUGUGGAUUCAUCAUCCUAGCUGGCUCCGCUUUAAAGGCUGUUUAUGUGCUUUUUAGAGAUGAUCAUGCCAUGAAACUACCUCAUUUCAUAGCCAUCGCUGGUCUGUUUUGCGCGGUUUUCGCCAUUGGUGUUCCUCACUUAUCAGCUCUUGGGAUAUGGCUUGUAGUUUCAACCAUCUUCAGUCUCAUCUUCAUCGUUGUGGCAGUCGUGCUGGCAGUUAAAGAUGGAGUGAAAACACAUUCAAGAGACUACGAGAUACAAGGAUCACCGUUAAGUAAACUCUUUACCAUCACAGCUGCAGCAGCAAAUCUUAUUUUUGUAUUCAACACAGGGAUGCUUCCAGAAAUUCAGGCCACAGUGAGACAACCGGUGGUGAAAAACAUGAUGAAGGCUCUAUACUUCCAGUUCACGAUCGGUGUUUUACCGAUGUUGGCGGUUACAUUCAUCGGAUACUGGGCUUACGGUUCCUCAACCUCGACCUAUCUGCUAAACAAUGUUACUGGCCCACUCUGGGUCAAAGCCCUUGCUAACAUCUCAGCUUUCCUUCAAUCCGUAAUAUGUUUACACAUAUUUGCGAGUCCAACAUAUGAGUAUAUGGACACAAAGUUUGGGGUCACAGGAAGCACAUUGGCGUUAAAGAACUUGACGUUUAAGAUCAUGGCAAGAGGAGGGUACCUUGCGGUUAGCACGCUUCUCUCAGCGCUCUUGCCAUUUCUUGGGGACUUCAUGAGCUUCACCGGUGCAGUGAGCACUAUCCCUCUCACAUUCAUUCUAGCCAACCACAUGUACUACAAGGCCAAGGACAAUAAGCUGAAUCCUAUGCAAAAGAUAUGGCAUUGGGUUAACGUUGUCUUCUUCAGUUUGAUGUCUGUUGCCGCCGCCAUUGCAGCUGUCAGGCUCAUCUCCGUUGACUCCAAGAACUUCCACGUUUUUGCAGAUUUGUAAUUCAUUCUAUAGCUAGACCAUAAGCUUGUAUUCCUGUUCUUAUAAAACCAUUAUAGGGUAAAUCUAUA